UCGACACACAGACCGUUCACAAGAUUUAAUAAUAUAUAUGAUGUUUUCUUUAUUUACUUGAAUCAUCUUAACCAAUGUUUAUUUGUGAAAGUCGUGCUUACACUGAACAAUGUUAAAUUUAUUGCGAAUAGCAUUAUUUAUUGUGGCGAUAAAUGCGGAUCUGUUAAAUCAUGAGCGAACCAAGGGAGCCACUCUUAAGCCGAUAUCAGUAUGCUGCGAUAUUCCAGAACUAGGUGAUCCGAAACCUCUGGCUGAAUGCUCAAAUAUGAAGCUGCAAGGCCCUUGCAGCGACGUUCAGUGUGUUUUUGAAAAAUCUGGCUUCCUCCUAGACAAGCAGACUCUCAACAAAGAAGGGUACAGGAACCAUUUAAUGAAAUGGCUCGAAGGUCACAAGGAAUGGAAAGAUGGUAUCGAAAAGGCCAUAAGUGACUGCGUCGAUGUGGACCUCAGGCAGUACUUGGACUACCCUUGCAAGGCCUACGACGUAUUUACCUGCACAGGAAUAGCUAUGUUAAAAAAAUGUCCGAAGGAUUCCUGGAAAUGCUGAAAUAAAAUCGACAAAAGUAAAAUAAAAUUUAUGAAAUGCAGAAUUUUAA